CCGUUCACCAUUGGUUAGACAAGUGUCUGGGGCGUUUCACUGGGACUGCCCGGUUGUGUCCGGGUAAGAUGGCGUUGGAAGAGCAGUGCUCGGUACCACCUCAAUGGCGGUCCAUAUCUCUGACACACGUAGAGUUCCCGGAGGGUGAUCUGACGGGACAAGUGCUGGCCUACAUCAGUCUCUUACCCAUAGCAAUCCUUGUGGGUUUUGUUACACUCAUAGUGUUUAAACGGGAGCUGCACACGAUUUCCUUCUUUGGUGGGCUCAUCCUGAAUGAAGGGGUGAACUGGCUGCUGAAGCACAUUCUCAGAGAGCCGCGCCCAUGUGCAGGAGCUCACACAACUCUGCACACAGAGUAUGGGAUGCCCUCCAGUCAUUCCCAGCUUAUGUGGUUCUUUGUUGUUUACUUCUUUCUGUUCCUUUAUUUAAGAAUGCAUCAAACGAACAAUGCUCGAUGUGUGGACCUGCUGUGGAGACACAUACUGUCCAUCAUCCUGUUGGGCGUGGCCUUAUCAGUCUCAUACAGCAGGGUCUACCUGUUGUAUCACACCUGGAGCCAGGUUUUCUAUGGCGGUGUGGCUGGUAGUACCAUUGGCAUAAUCUGGUUCUUUUUCACACAAGAGGUGCUGACACCAUUAUUCCCCAAAAUAGCAGCGUGGCCAAUAUCAGAGUACUUCCUGGUGCGAGACACAAGCCUGAUCCCCAACAUCUUAUGGUUUGAGUAUACAGUGACCAGAUCAGAGGCCAGGAACAGACAACGAAAGCUUGGAACAAAACUUCAGUGAUCUACGCAGUUCUUCUGUGAAACUGGGUUCAGGACGACACGCACGCACACACUCAUGUACACACGCGCACACACACAUACAAACAAAUGCUCGACAAAAACACACUGGAGAACCAUAUUUUGGACUGACGUGGUUGCUAGGAGUAAAGGGCAAAAAACCGUUUACAGGUGGCGAAAGAGUGCCUGGACCUGUCCCGGAGCCUACAGCCUGAGCAAGUCCGUCCACACGCCUCCCCUUGUACAGCUUGCCCAAAAUGCUCUUCAAUGCAUGCAAGACUGUGCAAGAGGCAUACUAUUUAAUGAUAGAUUAAUAUAUAUAUUUUAACUAUAAGCGCACGCUGACUGUAACAGUGUACUGUAAGAGAUUCAUGGAGCCUAAAAAGGAGGCUUUGGUCAAGUUUCAAACAAAUUGGUUGACGUCAUUGCAGCAUGUAUUUAGUGAUUCCUUUUUUUUUUUUUUUUUUAUUCUGAUGAAUAGCUGGUGG